CCCUCAUCUGACGUACUUUUCUCCACAGCAGAAGGAAGCUGUUGGGUUCUCUCCCCUCCCACUGAGCCUUCCUGCUUCUUCCUGAUCCGAAAAUUCUCCACAAGUGCUCUGUUUAAAGCUUUACCACCUCUACAGGCUGUAAUAAAAGAUGAGUUAUCCUGGUUACCCUCCUCAGGCCGGUGGUUAUCCUCCUCAGGCCGGUGGCUACCCUCCACAGGAUGGUGGAUAUCCUUCCCAGCCAGGAAUGUAUCCUCCUCAAGCAGGAGGUUAUCCUCCUCAAGCAGGAGGUUAUCCUCCUCAAGCAGGAGGAUACCCUCCUCAAGCAGGAGGAUACCCGCCCCAGCCUGGUGCUUACCCAGGCCAACCAGGAGUUUUUCCUCCCCUCCCCUCAGGUGGAUGGGGAGCUCCUGGUGCUCCAGGAAUGCCUGGAUUUAAUCCAGGCAACCUGCCUGCAAUGGCAAAUGCAAUCUCUGCUGCUUUGAGCGGGUUUAAUCCAAAUCCAUCCGUGUUCCCUCAAGUACCUACUGGGGGUCCUAUGCCCUACCCUAACCAACAGCCCUUUGGCCUGUCCCCUCAGCCAGGAGGAGCCAUGCCACAGGCACCAGGCAUGGGCUAUCCAGGAGGGCCAGCUCCAGGCCAGUCCAUGCCAGGCUACCCACAAGCCCCAUCACCUAAUCCGUCCAUGCCAGGCUACCCACAAGCCCCAUCACCUAAUCCAUCCAUGCCAGGCUACCCACAAGCCCCGUCAGCCAAUCCGUCCAUGCCUGGUUACCCACAAGGUCCAUCACUGAAUCCGUCCGUACCUAACUACCCAAAUGUGCCUGGAACCAAUCCAUCCAUGCCCGUAUAUGGAGGAGGAGCACCCGUGGUUCCUGGUUUGAAUCGGGGAUUCAGAGGAACCAUCACAGAUUUUCCUGGAGCAGACCCAUUAAAAGAUGUAGAGGUUCUCAGGAAGGCCAUGAAGGGCUUUGGCACUGAUGAGCAGGCUAUAAUUAAUCUUCUUGGAAGUCGUUCCAACAGGCAGCGUGUUCCUCUUCUGGUUACAUACAAGACUGCCUAUGGGAAGGACUUGGUGAAGGAUUUGAAGUCCGAGCUUUCUGGGAACUUUGAGAAAUUGGUUUUGGCCAUGCUGAAGACUCCUGCUCAGUUUGCUGCACAGGAGCUCAAAGAUGCCAUCAAGGGAGCAGGGACUGAUGAGGCCUGUCUGAUUGAGAUCCUGUCGUCUCGUACCAACGCAGAGAUCAGAGAAAUCAAUCAAGUCUACAAAGCUGAAUACAAGAAAUCACUGGAGGAUGCAAUUAGUGGAGAUACAUCAGGACAUUUUCGCAGACUGCUCAUCUCUCUUGCUCAGGGCAAUCGUGAUGAGAGAGAGACUGUGGAUAUAUCAUUAGCCAAACAAGAUGCUCAGACUCUCUAUCAGGCUGGGGAAAAUAAACUGGGCACAGACGAGUCCAAGUUUAACGCCAUACUGUGUGCCCGAAGCAAAUCUCACCUUCGAGCAGUGUUCCAGGAAUACCAAAGCAUGUGUGGCCGAGACAUUGAGAAGAGUAUCGAGAGGGAGAUGUCUGGAGAUCUGGAGAGUGGCAUGCUGGCUGUUGUGAAGUGCAUUAAAGACACACCAGCCUACUUUGCUGAGAGACUCUACAAAUCCAUGAAGGGACUGGGAACCAAAGACCGCACCCUGGUCCGCAUUAUGGUGUCUCGCUCAGAGGUAGACAUGUUGGACAUCCGCCAGGCAUAUGUGAGGACGUAUGGCAAGUCUCUCUACACGGACAUUUCUGGAGACACUUCUGGCGAUUACAAGAAAUUGCUGUUGAAGCUUUGUGGUGGAAGUGAUUAAGAAGCUGCAGCUUUUGUCACACUGAAGAAGAUAAAAGUGUGUGCCAUACGGUGUUCAUACAAACAAUGAGGCAGGUCACCACAAUACGAGUCCACUUGGUCAAAAAAAGAGAAGUUGUUUGAUUCAAUAUUCUAAAUCUUGGGUAAUAAAGUUGAAUUAUCUUCAAAAUAAGUUGCAUUUUGAAAAGAAGUUAAAAAUAAGUUACGUUUGGUGCAGCCAAUCCAGAGAAAUUGGCAGACAUGUUUUUAAGGUAUCGUCAUCUUAACAGAAAAUCAAGUUUGGAGAAAAACAGUGAUAAACAUUGUGAUGUAUAAACUAAAAUUAAAGCAUGGCACACAUUUAUUUGGCCAACUAAGUCAUAUAUUUUAUAGGUAGCUUGACAGUAAAAUAUUAUCUCAUCUCAUUAUCUGUAGCCGCUUUAUCCUGUUCUACAGGGUCGCAGGCAAGCUGGAGCCUAUCCCAGCUGACUACGGGCGAAAGGCGGGGUACACCCUGGACAAGUCGCCACAGGUCAUCACAGGGCUGACACAUAGACACAGACAACCAUUCACACUCACACCUACGGUCAAUUUAGAGUCACCAGUUAACCUAACCUGCAUGUCUUUGGACUGUGGGGGAAACCGGAGCACCCGGAGGAAACCCACGCGGACACGGGAAGAACAUGCAAACUCCGCACAGAAAGGCCCUUGCCGGCCACGGGGCUCGAACCCAGGACCUUCUUGCUGUGAGGCGACAGCGCUAACCACUACACCACCGUGCCGCCCGUAAAAUAUUAUGGUGAAAGAUAUUUUAUAGGUUAAGGAAUAUAUUUACAGCAAAAGAUAAAAGAUUUAUGGGUCAGGGUUUUUUUUUUUUUUGGGACACACUCUCGUUUCAAAUCACUUUGCCUCGGAAACUGGACUCGUUUUGUGGUGACGCCCCAUGUAUUGUCCUACUCUGAAAAUGCUCUUAUCUACAUUUGCAUGUUGUUGCCAUAAUUAUGUAAUUGCAUAUACUGCAUAAUGUCAUGUACAAGAUAUCUGUGCUGUAUUUUUAUGUAAAUCUUUAUUUUAUAAAAAAGCAGCCCAUAUUUUUUCCUUUAACUGGGCAAUUAUUUUGCAUAUAUUACACAAUAAGAAAUAAGUGAAAUAAGCACUUAGAAAUAAGCACUGUUAUUGAUUGGUUGAUUCUUUUUUUAUUUUUUUUAAUGAGAUGGGAGGGAUGCACUGAUCCCAUUUUUCCGUUUUUGAUCCAAUAUCAAGAUGCUGGUACCCAGUGCUGAUCCAAUACACCUGCUCUUUGUAAAUGAGUGACUUUUUGCUGUCACUCAUUCAGUCAUCAUUUACUUUAAUGGCAUAAAAUGUCAGCGGACUGGAUAUGAAAACAUCUGAUCUAAUGAAAUCAGUUGAAUAAAGUUGAAUCUGAUUCAGUGUCAGUGUUUCACACCAAUAUCAGCCGUGAUACCGUACCAGCACUCCAUAUCAGAUAGGUGCAUCCCUAUUAAAUGGUUUUAUUUUAUAGAGAUUUAUACUAUCAGCUAAAUACCAAAUAAAGAUUUUUUUAAAAUGUUGUUUACCAUGUUCAGGAAUUGUAGAAACGACACCAAUAACAAGAAAGGGUCAGUAGAAACAGUCUCUGCUAUGGCCUGUUGUAACACCAAUUCUGAGUUAUGCCAUACUCUGGGAUCUAAGUGUGCAGAGCAAAAUGGAAGUUAGUGUAUGCUUUAUCAUGGAUUUAAAAAAUAAAAAAUGGAAUGUGAUUUACUGCUUUUUGUGCUUAACAUUUUACUUGAUUGGUUUAUGUAUUCGUUUUGUUGUAUACUCAAAAUAGACACUGCUGGAAAAAGAAAUAAAAAUCAAGCUUUAUAUGA